AUGUCCGGGCUACCGUCAGAUGAGGUCGCAGAAGACUAUAAGAACUCGUUGGAGGAUCUUGUGACCAACGACAGAUAUCAGAUCUCAAACUUGACCUUGAUCGCCAAAGAGAAUACCGAACAUGCUGAAGCGAUCUCCAGGGUGUUGCAGAACCACAUCAACAGAGCACCUCCGGCUCGCAAAUUACCGGCUCUAUAUGUCCUGGACUCCAUCGCCAAAAACGUCGGGUCUCCGUACACAGUAUAUUUUGGCCGAAACCUCCACCAGAUCUUCAUGCUGGCAUACUCUCAGGUCGAUGGCGCAGUCCGGCGGAAGCUGGAAGAAAUGUUAAAGACGUGGCGAGAACCGGUCCCAGGAGCCCUGUCCACCACUCCCGUAUUCCCUAUCGCAAGCACCCAGACCAUCGUGGACAGUUUGAACAAAUUUCGAAGCCAAGUUCCGCCAACUCAGCGACAUCAAUCCACCCCCAUUCAGGGUCAGCCUACUAGAGUGUCAUCGGCUCAACCAUACCGUCAUACCCCGACACCUCCGCAAACCUUACCUCAAUUCGCUCCGACUAUUCCUUUACACAUUCGAAGUCCGCAACCACAACCUGCCGUGCCUCAGCAACCAUAUGCUCAGGGCGUUCCAGUGACAUACGGCCAGCCUUACCCGCCUCAGCCGAGCCCAGCCCCGUAUUAUCAACCCCCUCCAGCCUCUCAUACACCCCAGUAUAUUCCUCCGACUCCUCAGCCGGCGUUCGUUGCUGGAAAUGCGGUUGACUUGCAGAAACUGCAUGCUGACAUUGACGAUCUCACCACCGACGCCAAGAUCGAGUGUGCCACUCAUCCGAUGGAUGUCGGAGCUCAACGAAAACUAGCCAGUCUUCAAACGUUGAAAGAAAUCCUUGACAGCGGCAAUGCUUCUGAAAGUGACCUGGUCGAAAUUCGAAACACCAUUCAUCAAAAGAUGACGGAGAAGAUGGCAAUGAGUCGCCAGGCUCCGACGCAAACGCCGCUGCCCAACAUCCCACUGCAAACAUCUUACGUUCCUCCGCAACCACUCGGUCAACCCAUGCAAGCAACUGCACCAGGCCCGAGCCCUGCCCCGCCUCCUACGGCCUUGUUCAACAGCACGAACCUUGCAGAGCUUCUUCGAACCACUCUGAAUCAACAGCAGGCGACACAGCCACCCAGCUACUAUGCCGCCUCUCAAUCUGGCGUGGGUACUCCUCAGUACAACACCACAGCCCCUCCUCCGCCGAGCGAAAAUCCCCUGAUUGCCCAGCUCCGAGCGUCCGGGCUUUUGUCUGCAGCGCCGACGCCUCCACCCGGAGUUACGCCCCCAAUGGCCUCUUUCUCUACCUUCGUCCCAGACGUAUCUGCGGAAGUCAAACUCACGUCAGCCUCAAUCAGGAUACCGAGGCCCCAGAUGGUUGCGAUAUUUCUCAACGCGCGGCCCAAUCAAUGCAGUACUUGCGGGAGAAGGUUCACGUCGGAUGAUGGUGGGAAAGAGAAGAAGGCUAGACACCUCGACUGGCAUUUCAAGACCAAAGCCAGAAUGCUGGAGGCAGAGAAGCGGGGUCAGAACCGCAGUUGGUAUGUGGAUGAGCGAGAAUGGAUCGCAAGCAAAGAGUAUGACGACGAUGCUGGACCGGUGGAUUCAAACGCUCACUCAAUAAAUGGAACCGGAGUGGUUGAUAAAAAGAAGCCACAAGAUUUUGUGCGCGUGCCUGCCGACCCCGUGGUGCGAUCAUUACCUUGUCCAAUAGACCAGGAGGCAUUCAAAAGUGAGUGGAGUGAGGAAGUGCAGGAUUUUAUUUGGAAAGACGCAGUUCAAGUUGGAGGGCGAUAUUACCAUUCAUCCUGCCUAGGGGACUAUUCUAACUCGAUACUUGGUAAACGAAAAGCAGAGGAAGAUAUCAUGCCCGUGGCGGCGGAGAAGAAAAUGCUUAUCACUUAG